GAAAGGUCACACUAUAGCUGACAAUGUGAUGCGACUUACCAAUUUCCCUCGUCUUUGACAGCUUAUCAAGGACGGAUAACUGCUGCUAAAAUGGCUGUGCAGUCAACGCUCCGAGCAUCGAAUGACCCUCUUGUCACAUUAUAUAACCAUUAUCUCGCAAAAUUUCGAUCCAGGCUCCGACGUACAACGAGAACAACUCGGCUACUCGCGACUAUCAGCCUCAUAUUAUCCAUCAUCUCCAGUAGCUAUGGAUUCAGCCGGUGGUGGAGGAAUCGGCGCGAGGAGAAGGAGAGAGGCAAGCGAUUGCAUCGACGAAAUUCGGGGCUAAGAGGCAAAGAUGGAUCUCGAACGAUAUACGUUCCGUACAAAUCGUCCACGGCAAAGGUGAUAAUUCAUCCCACCAAACCAACAACAUUCGAUGCGCACCGACGGCUCUUCCUGAAUCCACCUCGAGCAGCGGGGCUUGGAAACAAUGAGUUGACACCUCAAGUUCCUCCCCCGCAAACAAAACCGGGGCUGAACUUGGCCUUCUUACAUCAAUUUCUCAGCUUGCUCAGCAUUAUGAUGCCUAGAUGGAACAGCAAAGAGACGGGACUUUUGGUCAGCCACGGUGGCUUUUUAAUGCUGCGAACGUACCUAUCUCUAGUGGUGGCAAGAUUAGACGGAGAAAUUGUGCGAGACCUGGUAGCAGGAAAUGGCAAAGCAUUUCUGUGGGGCAUUGCAAAAUGGCUCGGAAUUGGAACCGCAAGCUCCUAUACCAAUGCCAUGAUCAAGUUCCUACAAUCCAAGGUGUCUAUUGCCUUUCGGACCCGACUCACGCGCUACAUUCAUGAUCUCUAUCUGAGCAGCAACCUCACCUAUUACAAGCUUGCAAAUCUGGACGGCGGCAUAGGCCAAGGGGCCGACCAAUAUAUUACACAAGAUCUUACACUUUUUUGUGCAUCCGCGGCAUCGUUAUACUCGUCUCUAGGAAAACCUUUUGUCGAUCUCUGCGUCUUCAACUACCAGCUCUUCCGCUCCUUGGGCCCUCUGGCUUUGACCGGUCUUCUCAGCAAUUAUUUCCUGACAGCGACAAUUCUCCGACGCUUAUCACCUCCAUUUGGAAAACUAAAAGCCGUCGAGGCUCGCAGAGAAGGCGAGUUUCGAGCCUUACACGCUCGUUUAAUUGCAAACGCCGAAGAAGUUGCCUUUUACGGCGGUUCUAGCAUGGAAAAGCUGUUCCUCGACAAGGGUUUCAAAGAGCUUAAAGGCUGGAUGGAAGGCAUCUACAGUCUCAAGAUACGAUACAACAUGCUUGAAGACUUUGUACUAAAGUACUCCUGGUCUGCAUUUGGCUAUCUAAUCACUUCGCUGCCCGUAUUCCUCCCCGCUUGGGGUGGCUUGGGCGGCGUGCUCGAACUUGCUGACAGCGCUGAACGGGGUCGCCGCGAGCGAGGCCGAAUGAAGGAAUUCAUCACGAACAAGCGGCUCAUGCUGUCCCUGGCAGAUGCUGGGGGUCGAAUGAUGUACUCCAUCAAAGAUCUCUCUGAGCUGGCUGGCUACACGUCUCGCAUUUACACACUCAUAUCAACUCUGCAUCGCGUCCACGCUAAUGCCUAUGCACCGCCUCGAGGCACUCACCCCGACAUAUUUUCUCUCUCCGAUGUUCAAGGCACGAUCCAAAAGGGCUUUGAUGGAGUACGUCUGGAACACGUCCCCGUGGUUGCGCCUUCUCUUUUCCCGCACGGUGGUGACGAGCUGCUUGACAUGCUCUCCUUCAUUGUCCGCCCCGGAGAGCAUCUCCUCAUCUCGGGUCCCAACGGUGUCGGAAAAUCCGCAGUGGCUCGUAUAGUCGCCGGACUAUGGCCAGUGUAUCGUGGCCUGGUCAGUCGUCCACGCAGUAUUGGCAUGGACGGGAUCAUGUUCCUGCCUCAGCGCCCCUAUCUUAGCAUCGGCACCCUCAGAGAUCAAGUCAUUUAUCCCCAUUCCGAAAUCGACAUGCGUGAUACCGGCCGCGGCGAUCGUGACCUCCAGCGUGUCCUCGAGGAGGUUCGUUUGGGAUAUCUCGCUGACCGAGAGGGCGGAUGGGACUGCCGCAAGGAAUGGAAGGAUGUCCUCAGUGGCGGAGAGAAGCAGCGCAUGGCCAUGGCCAGACUGAUGUACCACGAGCCCCGCUACGCCUUCCUCGACGAAGGCACCUCGGCCGUAUCAUCCGACGUCGAAGGCCUACUCUACGAAACAGCCAAAGCAAAAGGAAUAACCCUCAUCACAAUAUCCACCCGCGCCUCGCUCAAGAAAUACCACACCUUCAACCUCACCAUGGGCCUGGGCCCCGACGGAAUGAGCUGGGACCUUGAUCGCAUCGGCACCGAGCAAGAGAAACUCCACGUCGAGCAAGAACUGCAGGACCUCCGCGAACGCCUCGCCCAGGUCGAGCACUGGCAGGCCCGCAAGGAAGAAAUCGAGCGCGAGCUCGCCAAAGUCUGGGUCGAUGGGGGCGAUGAAUUGCCUCCGCCGCCGUAUAUUGUUGAGCCGGAGGACCAGGACCAGGACCAGGACCUCGAGCGGGACCUGGACCAGAAACCGGAAGCACAGCCGGAGCAGGAUCUGUCUAGUGCUGAGGAUGUGGGUGAAGUUGACUGAGCUCUUCUUUACCUCCUCCUCCUCCUUCUUCUUUGACAUCCUCUUCUUCUUCCUUUUUGUUUUCUUCUUUUCCAUUAUAUAUACAUCUCAACAUCCUUGUGCAGUUCU